GCCACGUAGGUGGGGCUUAGGGCUCGUUACGCCUGCGCACUGAGUAACCGGCGGCCUGCGUAGUUACUUUUGAACGGAGUGGCGGGGAAUAGCUGUAAAAGCCUUUUGGGCGCCGUCUGCGGUUGAUAAGUGUUCUCCGCUCGAUCUAGUGAUGGCACAGCAGCUUGCCCGAGAGCAAGGCAUCACCCUGCGUGGGAGCGCAGAAAUCGUGGCCGAGUUUUUUUCAUAUGGCAUUAACAGCAUUUUGUAUCAGCGUGGCAUUUAUCCGUCAGAAACUUUUACUCGAGUGCAGAAAUAUGGACUCACCUUGCUUGUAACUACUGACCCCGAGCUCAUAAAGUAUCUCAAUAAUGUGGUGGAGCAGCUUAAAGAAUGGCUGUACAAGUGCUCAGUCCAGAAGCUGGUGGUGGUCAUCUCAAAUAUUGAAAGUGGUGAGGUCCUUGAGAGAUGGCAGUUUGACAUUGAAUGUGACAAAACUGCAAAAGAGGAAGGUGUUCGUAGGGAAAAGUCCCAGAAAGCCAUACAGGAUGAAAUCCGUUCAGUGAUCAGACAGAUUACAGCUACUGUGACAUUUCUGCCACUGUUGGAAGUUUCUUGUUCAUUUGACCUGCUAAUUUACACUGACAAAGAUUUGGUGGUACCUGAAAAGUGGGAAGAAUCAGGACCCCAGUUUAUUACCAAUUCUGAAGAAGUCCGUCUACGCUCAUUUACUACCACAAUCCACAAAGUGAACAGUAUGGUGGCCUACAAAACACCUGUCAAUGACUGAAGAGACGAGACGACAGGAGCCUAGCAUGGCUGCCUUCCAAGAGGCCCAACAAGCAGCUGACUGAGACAGAAGCAGAUAAUUUACGUCCAACCAAUGAACAGAAUCUGGGCAACCCUGCAGUUGAAUUAGAGAAAGGCUGGAAGAAGUGCAGAAGGGCCAUCCCUUAGGAAGACCAGCUGUCUCAACUCACCUGGACCCCUGAGAUCUCUUAGACACUGAGUCACCAACCAGGCAGUGUAUACUAGCUGAUACAAGGCCCCUGACACAGCAGAGGACUGCCUGGUCUGGACUCAGUGAGAGAAGAUGACCUAACCCUUGAGAGACUUAAGGCCCCAGGGAAUGGGCAAACCUGGAGGGAUAGGUGGUAGGGACAUCCUCUUUGAGGAGGUGGGGUGGAAUAAGGAACUGUGGGAGGGGGAUAACUGGACUGCAAAAAAAAGAUUAAAGAUAAUUUAAAAAAAAAAAAAAAAAAAAAAAAAACCAUGGCAAGGCCUGAACUUACAUAAGUUAGAAGAUCUAGAAAAAUGGGCAUUGGGCCCAUGUAUUGGUUAUUCCUGGUUGUCAAUGUGACUAUAUAUGGAAUGAACUACAAUCCAGAAUUGGAGCUCAGACCUGUGAUCCAGAUCUUGAAGCAUAGUGACCAUGAAAGGCUUAGGCCCAGGCAAGGUAGUGUACACCUUUAAUCCCAGGAGAUUGAGGCAAGGAGAUCUCUUGAGUUCGAUGUCAGCCUGGGACAAAGCAAGUCCCAGAUCCAGGCAUGGUGGUAUGCACCUUUAAUCUGGGCCACACCUGCUAGAGGCCGAUGUAAGGACAUUGGAAAAAGGAAGAUUUACUCUGGCUCCUUGCAUUUACUUGCCAGCACAUCUGUUGAAACCUACUUCUACAGAAGACCAGAUUAAACAGCUAGCCAUGUAGGACUAAGCAACUACUAGAUUCUUGGACUUCCCAUCCACAGCUGCUGAUUGUUGGGUUAGUUGGACUACAGACUAUAAGUCAUCACAAUAAACUCCCUUAAUAUAGAAAGAGAUUCCAUAAGUUCUGUGACUCUAGAGAACCCUAAUACAGACCUUGUUCACACUGUGUUUUAUUAUUAUCAUUUUGAGUUUUUCAAACAUUUUUCCAAAAUGUUACCUUGUUCACUUACUAUGUUUUACUCUCCUGGCCAAGGCCUGAUGUGCUGAUUCUGUUUUCCAGCUUUUGUCAGCAGCGGGCAACCAAACUUAUAAGGAGUUUAGUCAUCUUCACUUUUUUUGUGGAGACCAUAAAAAAAUUAAGUUAUUAGAAAAUUGGGGGCUCUGGAGUUCCAGAAGCAGCAGGGAAGUGACCCAGAUAACAGUGAAUUGUCACAGAUAAUAGACAAAAAAAAGAGUGCUGAGUAGAAAUGCUUAGUCAUAGUUUCCCAUAAAGGAAAAGUAGACCUUCCCAGCACCUGCACAGUCCCUCCUGUGAGAAGCCCAAGGUCUUAAAGAAGCAGGAGUCUGUCAGUGGAGCUGCUUCGUACUCAGACCUGGAGUUGAGAACAUGCUGCUAUCAGUGGUUCAAGGGUAUCACAGCCAGUGGGGUAGAGGCUGGGGGUGAUCACCAAGGACAAGCAAACGUUUCAUGUGUAGAUUUUUUUUUUCUAUUCCAGAAGAAAAUACAAAACUAGACAUUGACCUGGAACUUAUUAUAUAUAGCACAGGGUAUUUUGAGAAUUUGUAACAUCCCUCCAACUCAGCUUUCCAAGGUUGGGAUUGCAGGCAUAAACUAUCACACAUUAGUGCUUCCUGCUUUCUGAUACAGUUUAAAUUAAUAAUGCAGUGUUUUCUCCACCAUCUAUUCCCAAGUGCUUCACCUUGUAAAACUAUGCAUGGAACUGUUAUGGUGUUCCUCCCUGAAUCAGGUAGUUAACUAUCUCUGAUUGUAACUGUUUUAAGUAUCUCCCACAAAUGAAAUCUUUAUAUUAGUCAUCUCUUGUCUGUUUUACUAUCUUGAUAUCCUCAAUGUUACCCAUACAGUAUAUUUAAGAAUUCCCUUUUGAGUAAGCAAUAUUAUGCUGUAUGGGUUUAAAUCAUACUGUAUCUGUUUGUCCAUCUGGAUGUUUGGGAUGUUUUCAUGUUUCAGCUAGUGUGAGUAUUGCAGUUGUGACUGGAUUAUACUUAGAGUUAAGUUGAUGCUUUUAAUCAAUUGGGGGAUAUAACCAAAUACAUUGCAGUAUUGAAUAAAAAUUCUGUUUUCCAAUUUUUUGAGGAACCAAUAUAAUUGGUUUCUAUAAUGGCUAUUGAGGAGAGUCAUGUCUCAUAACAGUCAAUUUGUGUGUGUGUGUGUGUGUGUCCUUGCUUGUUUUUCAUCUGUUCAGUACAUUACUCUGAUAAAGGUUUAAAGCCUCUCAAUGAUAUUGUUCUUUGAGGCCUUUCCAAUUUUUCAUUCUUGUGAUGGUUGGUAAGUGUUAUGGUUGCUAUGUCUGUUUUCUGUACUGACCCUGUAAAAUAUACCCUUUGUGUUUUGUCUUUCUGAAUGAAAGUCUUUUGCCUUGGGUUGGUUCAGCCAUCUUUGAUCUUCUGGUUGCACUACACCUGAAACGAUCUCA